CUCUCAUCUCUUUCGCCGGUUGGCGCGGCGCGGUUUUCUAUUACCCGACGCCACCGCGCGGCCCGGCCCGGCCGGCCACCGGCUAGUACAGCGGCCUGCGCCUGCAGGUCAGGCCCUCAGGCAGCAGCGCGCUCGCGUACUCGCUUCCUUGGAUCACUCGCUAGCUGCGCCUCACGCCUCGCUCCCUCCCACCUAGUAUUUCUUUCCUCAGUGCCGAUCUCUCUCCGCCAAGGCAUUGACUUUGCACGGGCGCGUGGCGUGGCGUGGCGAUGGACGCGGCGGGCAUGGCAGCGGGCGCGCCCUUACUGCCGCCGGACGCGUCCCCGCCGCCGGCCGCCGGGCAGGGCGCGGCGUUCCCGAUCGCCAUCGUCAUCGCCAUCGGGUUCAUGGUCACCACGCUCAUCCUCAUCAGCUACUACUUCAUCGUCGUCCGCUGCUGGCUCCGCGGCGGCGGCGGCGGCGGGGGGCCCGGGUCCGGGCUGCUCCACCGCGCGCGCCGCGAGGAGCUCGUGGAGCGGGUGUCCACGGUCUUCUUCGCCGACCUCGAGGCCGCCGAGCACCCCGGCGGGCUCGACCCGGACGUCGUCGCCGCGCUCCCCGUCGUCAAGUACCGCCGGGCCCGGGGCGCGUCGGCGGCGCUCGAGUGCGCCGUGUGCCUCGCCGAGUUCGCGCCGGGCGAGCGGCUCAAGCAGCUGCCCAGCUGCUCCCACGCCUUCCACAUCGACUGCAUCGACACCUGGCUCCACCACAACGUCAGCUGCCCGCUCUGCCGCACCGUCGUCACGGGCGGCGUCGCGCUCCCGCUCGCCCGCGACGAGCACGAGGCGUCCUGCCGCGAGCUGCAGCUCGGCGACGGCCGCAUCAUCGGCGACGCCGCGAGGACGGGGUACGGGAGAUCCUGCAGGUUCCCGACCAAGAGCGGCGCCGCGCAGGAGCCCAUCACGCGCUCCUUCUCCAUGGACUGCUUCGCGGGCGGCCUCGGCCGGAAGCCGCAGAAGGAGCCUGCUGGCAGCUCGGAGGCCGGGCCGAGCAGCGCCGCCGCCGCCUCCGACCGCAGCAGCGGCAGUAACGUCGUCGCCUACCGCGGCGCCGGCGAGACGAGCGGGCGGGUCCGUCGGUUGCUCUCGUCGUUCGGGCUCGGCCGGAGCUCGCGGAGCACGGAGCUGCCGAUCCACCUGGACCCGUGACGGCGGCGACGGGUUCGUGCCCUCGUCGCUCCAUUAACCCGUUUCUUUAAUUGGAUGGUUGGUUGAGUCGUGUCGUGUGCAUGAAGUGUACAGCAAUAGCAGAGACUUUAAGUUGGAAAUUUUUUUAUCACAAUAGCUUGUGUUCGUGGAUGGCAUUUCGUU